GCAAAGAGGGGGAGCCAAUCACGGAAGUAUAUCUAAUCAUAGAAAACAACAUAGAGAUGAAACAGGAAGAAACGUAGUUCACGUGGGUGAAGGUGAUUGCAAGUAAGAUGUCUGCUUCUCUGCUAAGGAAGGCGCUGGAAUUGCUGGAGGCACCGGGAGUGUCUGCACCUCGUCCCAAGAGGACAGAGACGGUUGCCCAGCCCAGCAACCAAUCGUUGAAGAGGAGGAGGAAGAAGAUUUCGGGACGCAAAAGAGAGACGGCUACAGUCAAAGGCAAGGUCAUCAAGUCAGCGUUAGAGGAGUAUAAGAAACAUCAGGCUGUUGACCACUUUGAGGAGAACAUACAGUACAUGAUGAGCAGUCAAUUCACUACAGACAGCACCAUCACUCAAAAGGUUCUGGAGCAGAACAGAGGCAGAAAAUCACGAGACCGACCUAAGAAGGAGAAAAAGAAGAAGCCAGAAGCCACUGUCUUCACUGAGGAGGACUUCCAGAAAUUUGAGAGAGAGUAUUUUGGAGGAGCAGGAUUAGUCUGAUCAAAUAAACUCUGCGUUUCUCACAGUUAACAAGAAAGCAUAAAAGAACAGACUUUUACAAUGGAGCCACGUUUACAGGAAGCUACAGGAUAUUUAUGUGUAAUUUGUUUGGCAUGAGAUAUCCUAUUCUCAAGGCAGAGAAUCCAGAUCUCUCUGUUGCCAAAAAAAAUAGGAUAUCUGCAGAUUCCGUACUUUUGUAUUAUGGUUCUGUCACUUAUAUACUUCUGCAGGUGUAUAAAAGAUUUUCUGGCUUUAACCAGAUGAAAUCACUCCCCUCUGCAAUAGACUUACACUUACUUGACUGACUUAAGGAUAUUAUGCUUGGAAGUAACCACUGAAUUCAGUGUGAUCUGAUCUCUAUUGCAGUGGCUUAACUUUGCAGAUUGAAACUAAAAGUUCUUUUAGGAAAGGGAAAUAUAAGUUUAAAUGUUGGGGCAAGGGAAGGAGUGCAGUAAAGCAGGGCUUCUCAAACAAGACCUCAAAUGAUUUGGCCUACAGCUGCCAUCAUCCCCUAUUGAUGGCUGUUCUAUCUCCUAUUGAUGGCUGUUCUGUUUGAAGAGAAUUAUCUGGGUCAAAGUGUUCAGCCUGUCUAUAGAUAGUGAAAAUAGCAGCUUCUCUAAAAAGAAUGCUGCAAAUAAAGUCCCUCAGUCAACUCUUUCUAUCCCUUUAGAAAUAUUGCAUUACUCUGCUAGAGCUUAUCCCUCCCUUUUCAAGGAAAGGACCUUUCCUAGAGGUUCUUAAUUGAUUCAGGGGCCCCAUCCACCCUCCAAAUGAAAUUGCUUCAGGGUGCAAUAAAUGGUUUGUCCAAAAGA